AUGGCUGCUGAGAGGGUGAUGGGUACACUGAUUGAUGUGGUCAAAGAGGCAGUUCUGGCAGCAGUGAGGGAGGAGCUGGGUGCACACAAGGAGGAGGUGGAUGAGCUGCGGCACAUGUUGACAGCAGUGGAGGAGAGGAAUGGGGUAACUGCUGCUGCGAUGGAGGAGAGGGAGAGAGAGUUGGUGGCAGUUAAGGGGGAGUUGGCAGCAGUUAGGGGGGAGUUGGCAAAACACAAGGAGCAGUGGGCUGAGAGUAGUAGGGCAUCUGAUGAACGGCAGAUGAUGCAAGAUCUCAAGAUGGAUAUUGAGCUGGAAAUCAGUCAGAGUGAAGGGAAGAAAGCAUUGGAGGUGGGUGCUUACUGA